AUAAUUCUGCACCUAAAACCAUCAGCCCUCACUAUCAUAGUAGCAAUGAAGCGAGAGGGUCGUCAACACGGUGUUGUUAGGAGCUACCCAAUCCUCCCCACUCCCUUGUCUCGCCAAAGGCGAUACAUUAAAACGGUAGAUUCAGCCUCCGUCACUGGUUUAUUCACCAAAGUUUCAAGCAAGCCCACAAAUCAGUCCAAAUUCACCGGAAAAUGCGCUACAGCCAGAUGCCUAGGUUGUCAUAUCCAUCCGGUUUGCAAGUCCAAAGACAAGGCCAAAGGAACCAUGAAGCUGAGAUCUAGCGUAUCUAAUCGUGAACUAAUCAGUUGUUCGGAUGGCACUUCGGCUAUCGACGCUUUAGCUUACUUAGUUAGCCGUGAAAGUUAUGAUGACGACACAGCUGAUGAUUAUGAUUACAAUGAUGAUGACGUUGGAUAUAGAGAUGAUGGAUGGUAUUUUGUUGGACAUUUUCAGUGAUUUCCUCAAACUAAUUCAUAUCAUGUUCUUCCUAUUUUUAUAUUAACAGUAUUAUUUCCUUACUGGUUUUUAACUUGGGGGAAGGGAAUACGGUACUGUUGCGCGUCUAAGCUUACGCAAACAUCCCUAAAAGUGGAAACCUUGUUCAUUCA